AUGCCAGAUGUGAGCGGCGCGGCGCGGCCAUACGAGAUGCUCGCUCUCAUGGGGCCCAGCGGUGCAGGCAAGUCGACCCUCCUGGACAUCCUUGCGGCUCGCAAAUCGGUCGGCCGCCUCACCGGCGCGGUCACCGUCAACGGGGCGCCUCGGGGCUCAAGCUUUGUCAGGUCGAUUUCAUACGUCCCCCAGGAGGACAAUUUCCUGCCCUCGAUGACAGUCAUCGAGACCUGUGAGCUGCACGCGGCGCUGACGCUGCCGCGGGGCACGCCGCGGCCGCAGGCGGCGUCGAGGAUAGAGGAGGUGCUGGCGGCAAUGGGGAUGCUGCACGCGCGCGACACACUGGUCGGCGGCGUUCUGCCCGGGGGCCUGAGCCUGCGCGGCCUGAGCGGCGGCGAGCGGCGGCGUGUUUCAGUGGCCAUCGGGAUUCUGGCCGCCCCCAGCAUCGUUUUCCUAGACGAGCCAACCAGCGGGCUGGACAGCUGCUCGGCGCUGGCUGUGGUGGAGCACUUGCGGGACCGCGCCCGCGACAGCGGCCUCACGGUCGUCGCCUCGAUCCACCAGCCGCGCGCCGCGGUGUGGUCCGCCUUCGACGCGUGCGCCGUGCUGUCGCAGGGCCUGGGCAUGUACCAGGGCCGCUGCGACGCCAUUGUCUCGUGGUUCGAGGGCGGCCUGGGGUACGGCCCCUGGGACUCUGCGGUGCACGGCACGGCCUCGGACUGGGUGAUGGAUCUCGUGAACGUGGGGUUCUCCAAAGCCGAGGUUUACGGGCAGCAGCAGCAGCGACAGGAAGCGGCGGCAGCGGCGGCGGAGAAGCAGCGCACGCAGAAGCCGGCGGCACCGCCGCUCGGGCCCGCGCUGUCGCAGCACCAGGUACAAUCAGCAGGCAAUGCGUGGAGCAUGCGGCCGUCGCUGACGUCUGCGACGCUGGGCAAACGCUCCUCGGCGGGCGGCACGCUCGCCACCGGCCCCGGCGCCCGCGAGGCCGCUGCCACCGUCGCCGUCGCCGGCAUCGUCGGCGCGCGCUGCAGCAUUGGGGACCCCCCGCCGUUGAUUGGGGGCAGCCUUAGGUCGUAUUGGCAGCGCCAGCAGCAGGACGUUGUCGUAGCUGCUCCUUUGCCCGUGCCUGCAAAGGACGGCAGCAGCAAAGAGCGCGAGGGCCGACCGGUCAUCAUCGUGAACACAGAGGCCGGGGAUCGGGGGUCCAACAGCAGCGGCUCUGCGUCCGUCGCGACGGCUGCGAGCGGCGCGAACGAGGGCGGCGCAGGGCUGGGGGCGGCGGCGAUGGCGGCGGCGAUGGCGAAGCGGCGGCCCACGUUCUGGAGCCAAUUCAGGGCGCUUUUCCGGCGCGAGCUUCUGGCGACAAUGCGCAAUCCUGCUGAUGUUGCCGGACGCAUGCUGCUUUUCGCCUGGGUCGGCUUGUUUUGCGGCCUGGUUUUCUGGCGGCUGGGCGACGGCUUUGACGCGGUUCGCAACCGCAUCAACCUGCUGUUCGUGGAGUGCCUGCAGUACAUGCUGCUGCCGUACGUGUACAUGAGCCUCUACGCCGCCGACCGCCGCCACUUCACCGCUGACAUCAGCGCGCGGCUGUACUCGCCCGGCCCUUACUACGCCGCCAAGACGCUGGCUGUUCUUCCUUUUGCGCUGGCCAACUGCCUGUUCAGCACCUUCAUCAUCUAUGGGAUGGCGGGGCUGCGGCUGACGCCCUUUGCGGUCGCCAUCAACGGCGUGACCAGCGCCAUCCUGUACCUAGUGGCUCAGCAGGUCCAGGCCCUGGCAGCCAUUUUGAUGCCAAAUGAGGAUGCGGCCUUCCUGCUUACUAUUGCGUACACGACCGUCAACAUCUACAUGUCAAACUUCGUCAUCCGGUUCCGCGACAUGGCCAACAGGUGGCUCAGCUUCCUCAGGUACACGAGCGCCGUCAACUUCGCCUACGCCUCGAUACUCCGCGCCGAGUUCGACGACCGCUCCCUCAGCUGCGCCGGCGGCAUCCCGCCCGAGAUGAUCGCGAGCGUGCAGUCCCUCCUGCCGAACGCGCCCAUGCUGCGCAUGCCCGCGCUGCUGCGCAUGGCGACUUCCCCGGGGGACGGCUGCCGCAUGCGGCUGGACGCCGUGCUCGAGUAUUUCGAGGUCGACCUGAGCAGCGGGGCGUACAUCGCGGCGCUGCUGCUGCACUUGGCAGCGAUGCACGCCGCGACGUUCGGCGCGCUGCUGCUGCUCGCGCGCAAGGAGCGGCGCUGA